AUGGUUGUAGCUGCUUCGAGGCUGAGUGCCGGCCUCUCGCGCAGUGUCGUGCCCGCCGCUCGCUCAGCGUCCAGAACAUGCAACAACCCACGGACGAGAGUAGCGGUACCGCUGAAACCACUUCAGAUUCGAUCACUGGCAUUUGCGAGCGAACACAAGACAUCCUCCAACAACAAGGGGCUUCCGCCGUCACCGUCACCGCCACCGUCACCGACACCGGAUCGCGAGAGACCAAAGGCCGCGCCAUCCAUAAAAGAGAAACUACCCGACCCAGAGCAGACGCCCUCUCGAUUCCGCGAAUUCGAUCUGCACGAUAAAGUCUUUGUCGUGACAGGUGGCGGUCAAGGGCUGGGUCUGGCACUGGCCGAAGCGCUGGUAGAAGCGGGCGGGAAAGUAUACUGCCUGGACAGACGCGCCGAGCCAGAAGAGGAAUUUCGGGUGGUCCAGGAGCGCCUGGGGCCGAAGUACGGAGGCGGACUGUUCUAUGACCAGGUCGACGUGCGGGAAGCCGGCAACCUGGACCGGGUGAUUGCUGAGAUCGCCGACCGGCACCACCGCAUGGACGGGCUGAUCGCCAACGCGGCGAUCCAGAACGUGACCCCGGCGCUGGAAUACACGCCCGAGAAGAUCAUGGACAUGCUCGACGUCAACUACAAGGGCGUGUACCGCUCCGCCGUUAGCACCGCGAAACAAAUGAUAAAGUACAACUGCAGCGGCUCGAUCCUGCUCGUCGCCAGCAUGAGCGGCCUCGUGGCGAACAAGGACUUUACCUCGUCCGUGUACAACUCGUCCAAGGCCGCCGUGUGUCAACUUGCGCGCAGUCUGGCCAUGGAAUGGGGCAAAGUCGUCAAUGGCCGACCGAUUCGAGUGAAUGCUUUGUCUCCAGGUAACAUAAUCACGCCCAUGGUCUUGAAGAAUUUCGAGGAUCAGCCUGGCCUAAGGGAGAAAUGGGAGAGUCAGAACCUGGUCGACUUUCUGAACCAAAAGAAUACAGAGGCGCUGCAUUAUUUUGUCUCAGCGAUGCUAGUUCCUUCAUGA